GCGGCCAGCUAAACCAGAACCAGACUUUUUAUAAUGAAUCCGAUCACGCGAAAAACAAAUAUCAUAAGAGAAGACGCCAAAAGACCUCUCUUUGUCGAUGCUAUCACCCUUCUACUCCCAUCGGAGUUCUUCCAUUGAUUGCCUUCCAACUCUAACAUCUGACGAAGGCCUUUGGUCCUCUCACCUGCCUUGCUUGCCUUCGAACAUGGAUUCGUACAAGAUCCCUCUUUGGUCUAGGCUUGCUACUUCGUUCUGGGCUGGCCUCCUCAUUCGAAGAUGGAGAGGCCCUUCGCAAUGUAUGAGACGACGUCCUUCUUACCAGAGCUCGGGCAAGCCUUCUUUUAUUGACAUCGAGGCGGGGAAAGAUUGGCUUUAUUUCUUAUCAUACGAUAUUUCUUGUCCGAAGAGAAAGCAAGCUAUUGCGAAUCCAAUUCGUGCGUAGUUGUUGUCCAACCUCUCAAGAUUCACCCUUGCACGUACCUUUCAUUCCUGAAUAGGAUUUCUCUCCUUCUAUCGCUUACAUUUCGUUCUCUCAUGGGGCUCCAUGCACGCACAC